UUCACGGCACUCUCGUGGUCAGCUCUUCUCCUCCAAAACCAUAAUUAACCGGAGUAAAUCCAGGAUUAACAUAAAACUAAUAAUUCAGAAAAAAGUCCUACACAAGUUCAAGCCAUUCACACUUCUUCUUGAUCCUGCUCUCGUGUAUAUAUACAUUCUAUCUACUUAUCAUCAAUACACUUCUUUCUUAACUGAAAGUUACCCACUGCACACAAUGAGAAAAUGAGUGAAGCUGAUGUACUUUUAUCAGAUCUGAGUUCAGAAUAACGAAAAGGUGUAAUAAUAAAAAGACUGAAGGAUUAAUUCAAGAUUACAAUUUAGAGCAUGGCUUUAGGAAAGUACUCUAGAGUUGAUGGUAGGAAAUCAUCAUCAGGCUAUUGCUCAACUAUUACGAUAGUGGUUUUUGUAGCCCUUUGCUUAGUUGGGGUAUGGAUGAUGACAUCAUCGUCUGUGGUUCCCGUUCAGAACUCGGAUGUUUCUCGGGAGAAAAAGAAUGAGGUGAGGACACACGUGAGUGAGAGCAAUGAAGAUAAUGACAAUAAUGCUACAAGCAACGAGAGUCGUCGCAAUGCAAGUGAUGAUGGUAGUUCCAGUGAUGAUGGCAAGACAAAGCAAUUUGAGGAUAACCCUGGUGACUUGCCUGAGGAUGCUACCAAAGGAGACAGUAAUGCAAGUUCAAUUCAGGAGGAGAAAAAGGAUAACUCUGAAGUGACUGAAAAAACCACAGAGGAAAAUCCUGAAGAGAAUUCCAAGGAUGAAAAGAAAGAAUACAUAGAAGAAAAGAAAGAAGAUGAAGAAGAAAAGAAUGGAGAGGAAAAUGAGGACAAUAGGGAAUUUCAGAAUGAGAAUAAAGACUCUGAAACUGGAGAGACCAAUGAAAAUAAUUCUGAUGAUAAUGAGAAGAAAUCAGAACAAAGUUCUGGCAAUGUGAAGGAUGGGGAUAAGGGAGAGGAUCAGUUAGAUGAGAAGAAGGAUAAGGAGUCGGAUCAAGUUUCUGGUGAGAAAAAGGAUAAGUCCAGUGAAGUCUUUCCUUCUGGUGCUCAAUCAGAAAUUUUGAAGGAAACCACCACUCAAAAUGGAGCCUUUUCAACUCAGGCAGCAGAGUCAAAGAAUGAGAAAGCAGCCCAAGAAUCCUCCCAGUUAGAGAAAGAAAGUGGGUACAGUUGGAAAAUUUGCAAAACCACUGCUGGGACUGAUUACAUUCCUUGCCUAGAUAAUAUGAAAGCAAUCAGGAAGCUUCCAUCAACUAAGCAUUAUGAACAUAGGGAGAGGCACUGUCCUGAAAAUCCUCCCACGUGCCUUGUUCCAGUUCCCGAAGGAUACAAACGCCCAAUUGAAUGGCCUAGAAGUCGGGAAAAGAUAUGGUAUCAUAAUGUUCCCCAUACCAAGCUUGCAGAAGUUAAAGGACACCAAAAUUGGGUUAAAGUUAGUGGUGAAUACCUUACGUUCCCUGGCGGUGGAACUCAGUUUAAGCAUGGCGCUCUUCGUUAUAUUGAUUUCAUACAGCAGUCUGUGCCUGAAAUAGCCUGGGGAAAACGAUCACGUGUUGUGCUGGAUGUCGGAUGUGGUGUUGCUAGCUUUGGAGGCUUCCUCUUUGACAGGGAUGUGCUAACCAUGUCUUUGGCUCCAAAAGAUGAACAUGAAGCUCAGGUCCAAUUUGCACUUGAAAGAGGAAUUCCCGGUAUAUCUGCCGUUAUGGGUACAAAGAGACUUCCAUACCCUGGAAGAGUUUUCGAUAUAGUCCACUGUGCACGUUGUAGGGUGCCUUGGCACAUUGAAGGAGGUAAACUUCUCUUGGAGCUGAAUCGUUUGCUCCGUCCUGGGGGUUACUUUGUUUGGUCUGCAACUCCCAUCUACCAGAAACUUGCUGAAGAUGUUGAGAUUUGGGAAGCCAUGAAGAAACUAACAAAGGCAAUGUGUUGGGAAGUUGUGUCCAUUACCAAGGACAGAGUGAAUGGAGUAGGAAUAGCUAUAUAUCGCAAACCUACUUCAAACGAGUGCUAUGAGCAAAGAUCACAAAAUGAUCCUCCACUGUGUAAAGACUCUGAUGAUCCAAAUUCUGCCUGGAAUGUGCUUUUACAAGCAUGCCUGCACAAACUGCCUGUUGACUCAUCUGAACGUGGGGCUCAAUGGCCUAAACAGUGGCCUGCUAGGUUGGGGCAAACUCCUUACUGGUUGUCUAGUUCCCAGGUAGGAGUUUAUGGGAAACCUGCUCCAGAAGAUUUUGCUGCAGAUUAUGAACACUGGAAGCAUGUUGUGAGCAAGUCAUAUCAAAAUGGAUUGGGAAUAGACUGGUCUAAUGUGAGGAAUGUCAUGGACAUGCGAGCUGUCUAUGGAGGAUUUGCUGCUGCUCUUAAAGAUAUGAAAUUGUGGGUUAUGAAUGUUGUCUCCAUAGAUGCUCCUGAUACUCUACCGAUUAUUUAUGAACGAGGUCUAUUUGGAAUAUAUCAUGACUGGUGUGAAUCGUUCAGUACUUACCCACGAUCCUAUGAUCUUCUCCAUGCAGACCAUAUCUUUUCGAAGAUUAAAAACAAGUGUAAUUUUAUGGCUCUGGUGGCGGAGGCCGAUCGAAUUUUGAGGCCCGAAGGAAAGCUUAUCGUCCGAGACACUGUUGAGAUCAUUAAUGAACUUGAGAACCUUCUCAAGUCCAUGCACUGGGACAUUCGCAUGACCUUCUCCAAGAACAAGGAAGGAAUGCUGUGUGCCGAGAAAACCAUGUGGCGCCCUAAAGAGAUGGAGACAAUUUCCUUCGCCAUUGCUUAAAGUAUUACAACUAGAUAGGUCAAUUCUUAAGUCUUGCGUGCCACAAAUUAGGCACCAAUCUUUUUUUUUUUUUUGGGUACUGAUGCAAGUACGAAGUUCGAAGCACAGGACUUCAUUCAUCUUCAGGGUAUCAGGUAUCAUCAUGUCUUGAUAUAUUUAGUGUUAAGUCGAGAUUUAUUUUCUUAGGUGUUGGGUUAAGGUUCUUACUUUGUAUUCUUAUGUUACCAGUGGUCGUCCAAAAGUUUGUCCAUUGUUUCAAAAACAGCAGAAAACGGUUUUAUGGAAAUCAAAAUUGUGAAAUAUAUUUGAAGAUUAGUAAAUAGAACUUCGAAGUUCUGCCAA